CACACACACACACACACACAACUGGAGCAUUUACACCGACUCUGUCCCAGGUGCGUGUGGAGUACAUUAGACUUGACUUUAUUUUAUUCCUGCAUUCUGAAUUUCCACUCUCAGAAUGAGUGCUCGUCUAUGGACAGAGGAGCAGUUUAACUGCCCCGUCUGUCUGGAUCUGCCCUCUGACCCCGUGACCAUCCCAUGUGGUCACAGUUACUGCAUGGCCUGCAUCGCAGAUUACUGGGACAAUGAAUGCAGGAAAAACGGCAGCUACAGCUGCCCAGAAUGCCGGCAGGCCUUCAACCCUCGUCCCACUCUCUGCAGGAACACCAUGCUGGCCGAAGCCGUGGAGCAGCUCCGCCGAGGGGCCCUGAGCUCCGCUGGCCGAGAGUCCAUCAAGAGCGCGCGGAGCGCCGCGUCCUCCGCGUCUGAGCGUGCGCGCGCACGGAGCAAAGCGGCAUCGAAAAAGCUGCCGGGUUCGGCGGUGGCCUGUGACCGCUGCCCGGAGCCCAGAGCGGCAGUGAAGACGUGUUUGGUGUGCAUGUCAUCGUUCUGCGAGACUCACCUGAAGCCUCAUAACACGCAGGAGAAGCUGAGGAACCACGAGCUGAUCGCGCCCACCAGUGACCUGAGCCAGAAGAUCUGCCCCGAGCACAAGUACCUGCAGGAGUUCUUCUGCCGCUCCUGUCAGAUGUACGUGUGCUGGCUGUGCACCAGUAACCAGCACAAGGGCCACGAGAGCACGUCCACUCAGGCGGAGAGGAACGAGAAGCAGAGAGAGCUGGGCGCAGUUCUGUCUGAGAACCAUCAGCGACUCCAGGACAGAGAGAGAGAACUGAAAGACAUGAAGAAAGUCUUAGACACACUCACGAGGUCCUCAGAAACAGUGCGGGACGAGGCGGACACAGUCCUGUCGGAGCUCCAGGAGUCAGUACAGAGGAUGCUGGAUCUGCUGCAGGACGUGAUGGUCUCCACUGCGCAGGAGAAACUCAACGAGGCCCAGGAAGUGGUGAAUAAACUGGAGGCCGAAGUCAAACAGCUGAAGAAUAAAGACGGAGAACUGAAAGAGCUCAUCAACUGCCAGGACAAUAUCUACUUCUUGAAGACGUAUCAGUCUCUGUGCUGCCCGCUGGAAGGAGGAGAUCUGGGAGCUGUGACCGCGAACCCUGAAGCCACAUUUGAUCCGGUCAGGAGCGUCGUCGUCCAGCUGAGGGAGAAAGUGGAGGAGAUGUGUGACCAGGAGCUGGACAAGAUCAACAAGACAGUGUACAACACCACAGCGUUCACAGUUGCAGACCGCAACGGACAGAAAACAGGAGGCAUAAAGAAACUGUUUUCUGGAAAGGGAGCCAAAGCCACUCGUGCACAAGGACCCCCACCACUGCCUUCAGUGAGCACACGAGGAACAGUGAGCACGCGUGCACAAGCCGUCAGAAACAAUGAGCCAAGAGUUAACAGAGGUGUUACAAACUCCCCAAGACAAGCCAGAUCCCCGAGAGAGGAGAGAGAUGACAUUUCUCACUCAGCAGCUGACAGGAGUCACAGUUCACUGAGACCAAGAGAACCACAGAGGAGAGAGGAAAGAGAAAACGAUGCAGACACACGGAGUUUAAGUUCUGUGAGAUCUAGAGGGAGACCGAGAGGAGAAGACCGAGAUCAGGAAAGGGAAAUCCAGGCCUCUCCAAGACGUCAAAGCACACAGAGCAGAAACACACGUGAUGAAGAACAAGCGGACCGCUGGAGUUUGAGUUCAAUCAGACCGAGACUGAGGAGAGAGGACAGAGAACAAGUCAAUGGAGAAGCUGAGUCUAGUCCCUCACAGCAGAGACCAGACGCUGUGGACAGACAGCAGCCGGCCAGACAAUCGGACAGAUGGAGUCUGAGCUCUCUCUUACCUAGAAACAGGAAGAAGAGACAGGACACAGUGAAAGAGGCCACACCCACUAUCCAGGAGGCGGGGUCAGUGAGACCUCGUAGCCUAUCACGUGCCAGUGCCUGGGGAGAGCCAACAGAAGUGAAUCCUGGCCUGUUCCUGGACUCACCGACUUACAGUCCUGCCGUCAAUCCUGCUUUCCCCACAUUGAGAGAAAUUAACAUUGACAGUAUUCAGGCCCCGGAGCCCAGAACCAGAGACGAGUUCCUGGAAUAUGCUUGUGAUUUGAUCCUGGAUCCAAACACGGCCCAUCGGCGUCUGGUUCUGUCUGAUGGAGACACCGUGGCCACGCUUCAGCAGACGUCUCAGCCGUACCCCGACCUCCCUCAGCGCUUCGACGGCUGGACGCAGGUGCUCUGUCUCCAGCCCCUCUCCUCUGACCGCUGCUACUGGGAGGUGGAGUGGAGGGGGCGUGGCUCCUCUCUGGGCGUGGUCAAUGGCUCCAUGCCCCGCAAAGGGGCGGAUUCAAGGGCGGGGCUUGGGUAUAACAGCCAAUCGUGGAGCUUGGAGCUGUCAGACAUGUGCUGCGCAGCCAUGCACGCCAAUCAGAAGGUGGAGAUCCCCGUGACCUACAGCCCUCGAGUCGGGGUGUUUCUGGACAGGACCGCAGGGACUCUGACUUUCUAUAGCGUGGAUGAUGAGUUGGUUCCUCUUCAUGCUUUUCAGGGAUCAUUCCCACCACCGCUGUACGCUGCGUUCGGGGUGGGCUGCGGUGUCGGCGUGGGCCUGGAUUUUGCAAUGGGGCAGUUCAGCUCCACGUCAGACAGCAUUAAAAUCUGUCCCUUGUGAAUGAGCGAAUCUCACAAAAAUAAUAUGUAGGUUUUAUCUCACCCCAAAAUCAAAAGAAAAAAGGGUGAAUUAUAUUUAGCAAGAAAAUGAAGCCUAUUGGUAAGACCAAAAUUAUUUUUCUUUAAGAUUUAGUACUUCCCCUUCAAAUUGAUUCUACCAUAAUGUUUCUAGUAACAUUUUUGUACAAUUAUGAUUUACAUUUCAGCAAUACAGCCAUGUUAAUGAUUCGGUCUAGACAUUUUUUUAAACUUGCAAAAUUAAAUUGCAUAUAUAUAUAUAUAUAUAUAUAUAUAUAUAUAUAUAUAUAUAUAGUAAUUAGAAGUGAGAUUUAUGUGUGAUUAAUUAUACAAAUUGCAUGAUUUUCCUCCGAUUUUUUGGGACCAGGAUUGAAUAGUUAUAGCAAAUAAUUACUAAUAUAAAUUAUUACAAUUAUUAUUAAAUUAAUUAACAAUUACAACAAUUCAAUUAAAAAUUUCACAUUUUCACUUUCAUAGCUGUCUCAUAAUUCUCAUUAUUCAAUUAUGAUUUUCAUUUUGGCAGUACAGCAAGAUCAAAUAUUUUAUUUAUAGUAAUACGGAUGGUUAUAUUACAAAACAUAAAAACAAACUUGUGGGUUUAAUUCUUAAGACGUUUAAUUUUUUAUGCAAAAUGUAAUUUAUUUUUCUCUUCUACAUGUGUUUAUUCACCCUUUAAGGAUGGUUCUGGCAAAUAAUUAUUAAAAUAAUUAUUCAUGUUACGCACAAGAACUUAUGCAUUAGUGAAAUUAUUUGUACUUUCACUAUAAUAUUCAAAGAUGUUUGUAAAUGUAAAAAAUGAACUUGAAUAAAAAGCUAAUUUUUAUCUCCUGUGUAUAGUUAUCAAACACCUCAGGAUGAAAUUACAAGAACAGACAUUAAUAUGUUUUAUUAUAUAUAAAAACAACAACAAACAUACUAAUACAGGGUUCUGACAGCUAAACACAAAAGAAAUCAUCUGGUGCUUGAUGGCACAACUUGUGGCAUCAUCUUCAAGCAUUGACCUUUGACCUCAAUGGAAGCAGAGAGCUUGGUGACAUCAACAGCAGGAUGUAAAUAAGGACACUUUGAUACAGAAAUCAAAUCAUGCAUUUAGUACCAUACACUUCAGCUUGGAUUCGAGAUGCAUGCUGGUAUUAUUCUGAAGAAGUUGUAUGAUGUGAUGAUUCAUUUGACCAAGUUUAGAUCGUGUUCCUGGCACAGCUGACAAAAGCUUAUUAAAUGUCACUCCUGUAACAGUUCCUGAACCAAA